GCAGAUAUUUAUUGCAGUUAAGGUUUUUAAUUUCCUUUCGAAAUAUAUGAUUUUGGAUUGCUGUAUUUAAUUAAAGUUCGAAUAUGAGGUUUUCAAGACGUCCAAGAGUCAGCAGCGUGCUUACCGCAUAUUUUAUGUGGAGUUGGAGUGCUCUACUGGCCAGCGCCGCGUGGUGGCUGUUAACGGUACCCCCAAUGACGGAAAGGUACGAGAACACGAGCGCAAGAGGUGCAAAAGUUUAUUGCGAUUCGUUGCGCUACCUCAAGCCAUACCAGUACCAACGCUGUUUACGCCAACCAACACUCAUGGCAGUAAUUAGUGAUGGAAUAAAAUCGGGAAUCAGGGAAUGCCAGUACCAAUUCAGAAACAGCAAAUGGAAUUGUUCCACCUAUCCUGGACCGCCAGGAAGACACGCCUUUCAUCCGAUUCUCAAAGCACGUGGAAGAGAAAAAGCGUUCGUUUAUGCCAUUCUUUCAGCAGCUGUGUCUUACGAAAUAACAAGAGCCUGCAGUAACGGUGCAAUGCUAUCCGAAUGUGGAUGUGCGAAGAUAAAUCCACACGACAGAAAACGCGGCGGGAACUUUGUAUGGGGAGGUUGCUCCGAUGACGUCAAGAUUGGAGAUGAGAUUUCUAGAUCCUUCCUGGAUGGCGACAUAGUCACGGCCAAGUCCAUGAAGAAGCAACUGCGAAAACACAACAGCGAAGCUGGCCGAAUGGUUGUCACUAGCAACAUGAGAAAGGUAUGCAAAUGCCACGGCAUCACUGGAUCGUGCGCACAAACUGUUUGUUGGAGGUCGAUGCCGACUUUGAGGUUCAUCAGUCACAGAAUAAAACAACGUUUCGACGGCUCCGUACAGGCGAGAAUUCGAAAGGGAAUUCUGCGCCCAAGAAACAAAAAGCACAAGAACCCGACCGCUCUUGACCUCGUCUAUGCUAAACCUAGUCAAACCAACUUUUGCGAACCAAAUUUGAAGCGCGGCUCUUACGGCACCAGAGGCCGCGUAUGCAACGAGUCCAGCAUUGCUAACGAUCACUGCGGCAUCAUGUGUUGUGAUAGAGGCUAUCAUGUCGAGACCUUUAUGAGGCCUUACGGGUGCAACUGCGUGUUUGAGUGGUGCUGUCAGGUGAAAUGUCAAGAAUGUAGGGAACGUGUCACUCUUUCGUAUUGCUCUUAACGUCAAGUUCUUUUCAUCAUAAGUUAUGUUUUGAAAGAUCACCACACACGACUCAGUGGUGACAAGGUUCGAGGUGUCAACGUCGACAAAGAUUGACAAGCAAGAUUCUAUUAACAUAUUCAAGUAUAUUACGAGCCCCGAAUGUCAAUGCACAUAUAACUGUUGAAACAGUGUCGUAUAUUGCUGUAAACAAUUGUACUUGCGCCAUCUUUCUUCUGAUAGCCAUUUUUGCAUUUCUUGAUUUUAUAGUUCCACUGCUUCUUAUAUGUUUGUCUAUAGAUAUGCAUCAACAGUAUUUAUGUUCGUAGUAAAAUGUGUUAUGUUCCCUGUC